AGUAUAUCAGACACAAAAAGAAUAUCGCUCUGCCGCACGGCGCACACCCACCUACGGAUUCUCGUACCAUUAUCGCCUAUCUCCGUUCGCCGCCGCUUUGCGACAGUUUUCGCUUUACGUACAUCGCCAAACCGCGACCAGUUUGCCGCCGCCGACUGCCGCGCGCACAGUCUGAGUUUUUUUGAUAUUUCAAAUUUUUUUUAUCGCAAACGAUUAUCAAAAAAAACGGAAACCGAGUGAAAGGAAAUUUUCAAACGCACUACGACCCCCCCUAAAGUUCAUAGCAGACUACAUAUUAUUAUCUAUUACGCUACACGACUAUCAUAAUAUUAUUAUCGCUAAUACUACUGCUGCUGACAUAAAAUAGUAUUAAGUACUCUUACGAUUCGUGUUUUUGUUAUUUAACACCGCUCGUUAAAAGUGUUCUACAGACUGGUUUUCGAUUGAUAGUAUGAUAUAACGACUGCGUCGGAAGGAGAACAGAAUAUACCGCGGGCAAUCUCCGUUUGCAGCUCUCCACUAGUGUAGUAAGUGUGUUGAUUAGUAAUUAAAUUAUUAUCAAAAUGCCGACAUCCGGUCCAGUAUACCAGCCGACUACAGUCAGUUAUGAACAACAAAGCGAAUGGUCUCAGCCAUCAAAUGGAUUAAUCAAUCGUACCCUGAAUCACAUCCGUAACCCAAGGUGGUUCCACUGGUCAUUUAUUUUGAUCAGUUGGAUCCUGAUUGCCAUUGGUGUUUUCUUGUUCCUCUCUAUUACCACAAGCUUUGUGAACUCAGACGACAUUAAGGACAAUUAUACAGAAGACAUAGCAUUCUUGGUUAUUGGCUCUUUUUGUUUUGUAUUUGGUGUUGUCCUAUUAAUAGGUUAUUUCCGAUACAUCAAGGACAAAGAGAGUUGUCCAUGUUUCAACAGCAAAGCACGACAAAUGGAAUCUCAGUCUUCUAAUGGACAAGUACUCACAUUGAAUCCAUCAACAGACCUCCUGAUGGCAUCUGCACAGUACGGACCAACAUCAGAAGCUCCACCUACAAUUAUUGAAGAAGAUGAAACUAGAAAAUUAAUGGGAAAUGAUAACAAAGAUUGCAAUGACGAAAGGGACCACAUGUUAGUAACAAGCAACCCGCCGGUAGCGGCACUCCGCACGCAUGUACCAGGCGGAGUUUCGCCGCUUUCCGGUGAAGAUGCUUGACUUGAGGCGAAUUUCACUGAUUCUUUAUCGGGCAUCAAUGACUAUUAUCACAAUAGAAACGACAAUCCCACACCUCACAAUCACUUCUAUUCUCCACAAACACCUGUCCACAACAAAGCACAACUACAUGGCAACUGGACAGCACCACUUGCAUUACACGACGACCUGACACCAUCCAUAUGUUCAUCGGUUUAUAGUAUGGAUCAGGUAAAAUAACAAAAAUUUAACAGUUUAUUAUAUCAACAAAUGUUUUAAAUUGUAUAACAAAUUAAAAUGUACUUUUUUUUUUUAUAUAAUUUUUUUUACUAUAUUCUUCAGUGAUCAUUGAUACUAAUUUAGAACCUAAAUUUUUUUUUAUAUAUAUAAUUUUUAUAAACUUACCUUUUUCUAUUAUUUUUUUAAAUAUUUUAAUUAUGUAUACGUGAGUAAAUUGUAAAGUUUCUAUUAUGGCUAUAAGUAAAACCUUUUAUUAUUGUUAAUAUUUUGCAUUUUCAAAAUGUUAAUUUAAUAAUAAUUAACGAAUAAAAUAAUGUUUAAAAUAAACUUGAGGUUAUUUUGAUAUAAUAUUAAAUAUAGUAUUAAUAUAAUACGAGUGUUCAACAACGGCAUUUAUUUUAAGACAAUAUUAUUUUGUUGUCAUUAUAUUAUAAUGUAUUAUUAAAAAAUAUUGUAUAAGAUGUGCUGUAACAACAAUAGAUAUUGUGAAUAACCUUAUUAAUAUGUACUUUUGUAUACUUACCAUUUUUUUUGUAUUAUUGCAUUUGACAAAGUCCAUUUUUGUGAUUAGACAUUAAGUUAUUUUAUUAUGUUUAAAAACAAAGAAUUCUUUAUUGAUUCUAAUAUAAUAUGAUUUAGGUGUUCUCACCUGAUAAUA